AUGGAUUCCGGCGCCCAAUCCACCGCAGCCGCUGCCGCUGCUCCCGCUGCUGCAGUUGAUUCCACUGCCACCGACGCCGCUGCUGCCGACGCCGCUGCCGCCGACGCCGCUGCCCUCCAGAAGGAGCGCGACCGUGCGGCCGAGCAGGCCCGCCUGGCGAAGACGGACCGCGCCCGCGCAGCCAAGGCCGCUCGCGCCGCCGCCGCUGAACGCGCGGCUGCAGCCGAGCGUGAGGCUGCCUCCGCCCAGCAGGAGCGUGACGCGGCCACCGCACGUCUUCAAGCCGCUCUCGACCGCACCGCCAAGGAACGCGCCGCGGCUGCUCCCCCUCUGGAAGAUGGCGCCCUCAGCGAUGCGGAGGACGCGGCAGAUGCAGAAGAUGCGGAGGAUUUCACCUCUGCUGACGGCGGUGAUCCCCUUCUUCGUGCUGCCCUUCUUCAGCAUGAGGCCGCGGCCCUCAUCAACCUGCACGCCCAAGCUGUGGCCGUGCAGAACAUCCGGCUCCUCGUCCCACUGGUGCUCGACGUCGCCUCGUCCUUCUACGGCCGCUGGCGCGAAUCCAUCCUCAUGGUCGUCGGCCGGUACUCUCUAGAGCACCACAUCCUCUCCGACGUGGCAGCUCCCGACUCCCCAGAUUGGGUUCGCAUGGACUGUGUCGUGAAGACCUGGCUCACCGGCACCAUCUCCGACUCCCUCGCUGAAACGGUCGUCGAACCGGGCUCCACCGCCCGCACUCAUUGGCUUGCCAUUGAGUCACAGUUCCGCGGCAAUCGUGAAACGCGGGCCCUCCAGCUCGAGGCGGCCUUCCGCACCUUCAACCAAGGCGACCUCGACAUCACCACUUACUGCCGCAAGCUCAAGGGCAUGGCGGACGCCCUUCGUGAUCUUGGCGAGACGGUCACCAAUCGGAACCUCGUCCUCAACCUCCUACGCGGCCUCAACGGCCGCUUCGAAGCCAUCGGUCUCCAUCUUCGUCGCGGGCGCCCCUUUCCUUCGUUCCUGCAGGCUCGCAACGAUCUGCUACUCGAAGAACUCACCAUGGCUCCAUCCGCUCCGACUUCGGCUCCUGCUACGGCUACUGCUCUUCUCACCGGCACUGCCCCCUCAUCGCCAGCGACACCCGCUGCAUCUUCUCAGCAGCGACCACCCUUCCAGCAUCCUGCUAACCCCGGGGGCAACGGGGGCAAGCGUGGAAAGCGCGGCAAGAGGGGUGGGCGUGGCUCUCUUGCUACAGGCACACCUAGUGCCCCAUCUGGAGGUCCUCCAUCCGGCCAGCCAUGGAUGCCAAACCUACAUCAGCCAUGGACUGGGUCAAUCAACAUGUGGCCCGGCCCGCGACCAGCGACACUUCCUCACCCACACGCCCUCCUCGCCGGUGUCCAACAGCAACAGCAACUCCCUCAGGCGCUACUGACAGGUGCACAGCAGGGAUGGCCUGCACACCCUGCUGUUCAGCAGGUUCAGCAGUGGGCAAUUCCUCCGCCGGGCCUGUAUAGCCCCGCUGUCUCUUCACCUGGCUGGGACACUUCGAGCCUCGCCUCCAACUUCCAGACUAUGUCACUCCAGCAGCCUCCUCAGGCUACCUGGUACUUCGACUCGGGUGCUACCAAUCACAUGACCUCCGACGCUGGUAACCUCACCCUUCCUUCACCUUCUCAUUCUUCACCUUCAAAUAUUAUCGUUGGUAAUGGGAACCUUCUUCCCGUUACCUCAACUGGCACUACCACUCUUCCGCAUCAUCUUCAUCUUAAUAAUGUGCUUGUUUCACCCAGCCUCAUUAAGAACCUCAUUUCAGUUCGUCAGUUUACCUCCGAUAAUAAUUGUUCUGUGGAGUUUGACCCUCUUGGUUGUUCUGUGAAGGAUCUUCAUUCUCGGAGAGAGAUCGUCAGGUGUGACAGUUCUGGUCCCCUCUAUCCACUGGAGUUUUCGCCCUCUGCGUCUGCUCUCCUUGCCACUACCAGCUCCUCCCUUUGGCAUCAGCGACUUGGUCAUCCGGGUCAUGAAGUUUUAUCUAGGCUAGUGCAGACAUCUGCUAUCUCUUGUAAUAAACAUGCAGCACACACUUUAUGUCAUGCCUGUCAGUUGGGUCAUCAUACACGUCUACCUUUUCAUGCGUCUUCAUCUCGUACUAGUCAUGUUUUCCAGUUAAUCCAUUGUGAUUUGUGGACAUCUCCCAUUACUAGUAUUGCUGGUCACAAAUAUUAUUUGGUUAUACUUGAUGAUUUCUCGCAUUACUUAUGGACGUUUCCACUUCGACUCAAGUCUGACACUUUUUCCACCUUGUCUCACUUCUUUGCCUAUGUCGCUACUCAGUUUCGUGUCCCUGUUCAGGGCAUACAGUGCGACAAUGGCCGAGAGUUCGACAACCUCAGCGCCCGUGCUUUCUUCCUCUCCCAUGGUGUUCAGUUGCGCAUGUCCUGUCCGUACACUUCAUCUCAGAAUGGUAAAGCCGAACGUGUUAUCCGAACCAUUAAUAACGUUGUUCGCUCUCUACUAUUUCAGGCCAGUGUCCCACCUGCAUAUUGGGUUGAGGCACUCUCCACUGCCACCAUGCUCCUCAACAUUCUUCCUACCAAGACACUUCAGUUCAACACUCCUCAUCAAGCUCUUUUUGGCUCCCCGCCAACUUAUGAGCAUCUUCGUGUCUUUGGUUGUCGUUGUUAUCCCAACCUGUCUGCCACUACACCACACAAACUCGCUCCCCGCUCAUCCUUGUGUGUCUUCCUCGGUUAUUCUCCUCAUCACAAAGGCUAUUGCUAUCUCGACCGGUCCUCCAACCGGAUCAUUAUUUCUCGGCAUGUACUCCAGGUGUUACCGCGCAGCCACACGCGGCUGCCACCCCCUGGACACUGCCAUGCCGACCAGCCUGCACCUCCCAGCAGCCAACCAGGCUCCAUUGGUGUUCAGCAGGUCUCCAGCAGCCAGCCGGCCCCCGGUGACCAGCCCGGCCUCCAGCCGAUCAUCACCAGCACCUGCUGCUCCAACGACGACUAG